AUGGGCACCAGGGCAGUGGUCAUGCCUCCUCCUGUGUGGGGGCUGCUGAGCUGCUCUUUCCUCUGUGGCUGGGCUCUGGGGGGUCCAAGGCUCCUCCGCUCUCUUCCCGCACUGUCCUCCCAAGUCAAGCCAGGAUCUGUACCCAUGUGGGUGCCCCCGGAGGGGGCUGAGGCAGCCCUAGCUUUUCUCUACUCUGGAGAUGCCCAACAGCUGUUGGGGGCUAACUGCAGUGAGCGCUAUGAAGCCCAUGGGGCAGGAGCCAGACCAGGGCUCCCCCCAAUCCUAUGGAGGCCAGCGGGCACCAUUACGCAGGCUGCCAAUUUCCUCAACAUGCUGCUACAAGCCAACGACAUCCGGGAGUCCAGUGUGGAGGAGGAUGUGGAGUGGUACCAGGCACUGGUCCGCAGCGUGGCCGAGGGGGACCCAAGGGCAUACCGGGCUUUGCUGACCUUUAACCCUCCACUGGGGGCCAGCCACCUGCAGCUGGCCCUGCAGGCCACCCGGAUGGGGGAGGAGACCAUCCUUCAGGACUUGUCCGGAAGCAGGAAGAGCCCAACCGGGGCCCUAGACACCCCUGACCUGCAGAAGCGGGUGCUGACCAACGACCUAGGGAGCCUUGGCAGCCCCAAGUGGCCACAGGGGGAUGGAUAUGUGGGGGACUUGCAGCACGUGAGGCUGUCUCCUCCCUUCCUGGAAUGCCAGGAGGGCCGGCUCCGUCCGGGCUGGCUUAUCACACUCUCAGCGGCCUUCUAUGGACUCAAGCCAGACCUCAGCCCGGAGAUCAGGGGGCAGGUGCAGAUGGACGUAGAUCUUCAGAGUGUGGACAUCAAUCAGUGUGCCAGCGGCCCAGGCUGGUACUCUAACACACACCUGUGUGAUCUCAACAGCACCCAGUGUGUCCCCCUGGAGAGUCAGGGCUUUGUCCUUGGCCACUACCUCUGCCGCUGCCGACCUGGCUUCUAUGGGACAAGCAGCUCCGGGGGCUCAGAGGAGGGUGCUGCCCAGCCUGCCGGGCAAUUCGGGUCCCCUCAAGGCAGCUCCGGGAGGCUGCUGCGGUGCCAACCAUGUGCUGAGGGCUGCUCCAGCUGCCUGGAUGCCACGCCGUGCCUGGUGGAGGAAGCCCCCGCGCUGCGGGCAGUGGUGCUGGCCUCUCAGACGUGCUGCAUGCUGGCCGUCUUCCUGAGCAUGCUGGUCUCCUAUCGCUGCCGCCAGACCAAGAGGAUCCGGGCAUCUGGAGUGGUACUGCUGGAAACCAUCCUUUUUGGAUCCCUGCUGCUCUACUUCCCUGUCUUCAUCCUGUGCUUCAGGCCCAGUGCAUUCCGCUGCAUCGCCCUCCGCUGGGUCCGGCUGCUGGGUUUUGCCACUGUCUACGGCACUAUCAUACUCAAGCUUUAUAGAGUGCUCCAGCUGUUUCUGUCUCGAACGGCCCAGCGGGGCCCCCACCUGAGCAGUGGGCGGCUGCUGCAGCGUCUGGGGCUGCUUCUGCUGCUGGUGCUGGGCUUCCUGGCUGUAUGGACAGCGGGGAUCCUGGAGCAAGGCAGUCAGCACGCGUCCCUGGUGGCGCGAGGCCACACCCACACAGGCCGCCACUUCUACCUCUGCCACCACGACCGCUGGGACUACAUCAUGGUUGUGGCUGAGAUGCUGCUCCUGUGCUGGGGCAGCUUCCUCUGCUACGCCACCCGGGCUGUUCCCUCGGCCUUGCACGAGCCGCGGUACAUGGGCAUCGCCCUGCAUAAUGAGCUGCUGCUUUCUGCCGCCUUCCACGCAGCCAGGUUUGUACUGGUUCCCUCCCUGCACCCAGACUGGACGCUCCUCCUCUUCUUCUUUCACACCCACAGCACAGUCACCGCCACACUGGCUCUGAUCUUCAUCCCUAAGUUCCGGAAGCCAGGGGCUCCUCCCCGAGAGGAGAUCUUGGAUGAGGUGUACGAGGACGAGCUGGACCUGCAGCGCUCAGGCUCCUACCUGAACAGCAGCAUUGCCUCAGCCUGGAGCGAGCACAGCCUGGACCCUGGAGACAUUCGGGACGAGCUGAAGAAGCUCUACGCCCAGCUCGAGGUCCACAAGACCAAGGAAAUGGCCGCUAACAACCCGCACCUGCGCAAAAAGCGAGGCAGCUGGCGCCAGGCCCUGGGCCGCUCCUUCAUGAAGUACCUGGCCGAGUUCCCCGAGGCCCUGACCCGCCAGCACUCCCGGGACUCGGGCUCCCCGGCCCGCGGCAGCCUGUCCGGGGGCUCCUCCCGCCGCCGGCUGCUCAGCGCCAGGCUGCCCAGCGCCAGCCUCCGGGAGCCCGCCGCGCCGCCGGGUCUGCGCAAGUCCCGUAGCACCUGCGAGCAGGGCCGCGCUCCCCGCGGGGAGCAGUACCCGCCUCUGCUCGACUCGCUGCUGAGGAGGAAGCUGGCCGGCAAGGACCCGCAAUCCGAGAGCCGCGAGUCGGCGGCAGGGCCGCCCGCGCUGAGCUUCAGGUCGGCCAGCGCCCACAAUCUGACGGUGGGAGAGCGGCUGCCCUGCGCCCGGCCCGCCUCGCUGCACAAGUCGCUGAGCGUCGUGGCUGGCUCCAGGGAAAAGGCCCUGCUCGAGGCCAGCCAGGCCUACCUGGAGGAGACCUACCAGCGGGCGAGGGAGCGGGAGGAGAGAAGGAAGGCAGAGGCCGCCCUGGCCAGCCCGGCGCGGAGGCCCUCGGCCUGGAGGCUGGAGCGAGCCCGAGCGACUACCCUGUCGGCCCCACCUUCCCCGGCCAAGAGGAGCAGCGUGGACAGCUCCCACGCCUCCAGAAAGCUGCACGAGGAGGCCGUGAGAAGGCUGCCCCACCCGCCCAUCCAGCACCAGAUCUCCACACCCAUCAUGGCCACGUCCGGGGUGGGCCUGGGGGAGCCAGGGAUGCUGUCUCCCACCUCCACCUUAUCUCUGGCUCUGCUGCCAGCUCCCGCCCCUGCCCUGGCACCCAUCCCAGUACCCCCACAAAGCCCCAGCCUACUCACCUACAUCUGCCCCUGGGAGAAUGCAGAACUGCCAUCGAAGAAAGAAAAUGUGGCUCAGGAAGGCCCCUCGGGGCCAGAGCGAGGCAACCACUCUCCCGCCCCGGGUCGGGCCAGGCUCUGGAGGGCCCUCUCUACAGCAGUAGAGAAGAGCGGGGCUGGGGAGAAGGGGAUGGACACGGAGGACAGGCGUCUCCAGGGGGACGCUGAUGAGGAUGAGGAUAGGCCCAAGGUCUUCUCUAAGUCUAAAUCCCACAGCCUCAAGACCCCUGUUCAGCAGGGUUCCAUGCGUAGUCUGGGGCUGGCUAUCAAAGCUCUGACCCGUUCUCGGAGCACAUACAGAGAGAAGGAGAGCGGGGAAGGAUGUCCUGAGAAGGAAGAGAAGAGCCAAGCUUUGGGAGAGGGUGUGGGGGCAUGUCCCAGAUCUCCCAGGUCAGGCCGCCCCAAGGCGGUGAGUAAGCAGGCCGCGCUUGCCCCCUGUGAUGACGAGGAGUCCCUCCAGAACCAACAGAACGCUCACACAAGCAGAAUGCUCCAAGUCUGUCACCAGGAGGGCAGCAGGAAACAAGCAGACAGAGGCAGGAGGCCAUCCCAGGGUCUAGGGGAGGGGAAGGUUGCGAGAGCAGGUAAAACAGGGCCUGCCACACUGAGGCAAGUCAGGCACGGCACAGUUAGGGACAAAAAUGUUAAGCAAGCAAAAGAAGCCCUUGGGGGGUGGCGGGAACUGCCCAAAGCUGGCCUCCAGCCCCUGGGCAGUGCUGACCAGAGGGUGAUAGAUGUAUGCCCCUGGGAAGUCACCGAGUCAGAAACGUGUCAGCCUGACAGUAGCAACAAGGCCGAAACCUGCCCCUGGGAGGUGAGUGGAGUCCCUGAGGAGGCGGCACUGAGGCAAGAUCUAGAUGCCUCCCAAGAUGAGAGGGGGAAAGCCUCAGAAAAACCAGAACCCAAAGAUGUGGUUGCCAUUGCUCAGAAAAAGCCAGAGAGACUGGUCAGGGGACAGGAGGCAGUGUGUCCCUGGGAGAGUGCCGACCCUGGGGGUCUAUCCCCUCGGUCAGCCCCUCAGGACUCUGACAGAACCAAGGGCAGGUCUGAGACAGUGGGCAGAGUGGAGCCUAGAGAGGUAGAGACACGACCGUGGGAAGCCGCUGGCCCAGGAGCUUGUACAUCUGACAUCACCAAGGCAGGGCUCUGUCCCUGGGAGGCAAGUGAAGGAGGAGAGAAUGAGAAACCGUCCCAGGAGGGAGUAAAGAAGCUCCCCCAGGCAAAGCAGAAAACUCCCAAGAAAGCAAUCUUCUUGGAAGAACAGAAACUGGGUGAAGGGUUGGAAUCUCUUUGUCAGUGGGAAAGGACAGAUUUCCGGAGCCCCUCAGCAGUCUCUACUCAGGCCCUGGGAACCUCCGGGUGCUCGGGGAGUCUGGGCAGUAGCGUCACUGAGGCGUGUCCAUGGGAGGCAGGAGAUGCUCCUGCUAUCAGGAAAGCAGAGAUUUGUCCCUGGGAGCUGGGUGAUGAGGUAGUAGGGAAGGAAAUGAUGAGUCAGAGGACAGGUGGAGAAUCUCUCCAGGAAAAGGGAAAAACCUCCAGAAAAGGGAGCUUUGGAGAGAUGUGGGAACAAACUGGGAAAGCAGUGCAGAAAUGUAGUCAACAGCAGAAGUCCGUGUGUCCCUGGGAGAGCACAACCCCUGGGCACUCUAGCCCACAUCUAGAAAACUCCUCAUCCAAAGCUGGUGGCCAACUCCUCAGCAAGGGAGGAAGCAGAGCAGCGCAGGUAUGUCCACGGGAAGAUCUCAGGUCAGAGGCAAAGGAAGCAACACCUGCCAAGGCGGAAAUCUGUCCCUGGGAGGUGAAUGAACGAACGACAGAGGACUGGAUAUCGGGACAGGCACCAAAAGGAGAAUCUCAAAAGGACAAGGAGAAGAUGCCUGGAACAUCAGGAAUCAAAGAUAGCACAACUUGGGAAAAGCCUGAGGGACAGAUGCAAAAGCAGGAAGCAGUCUGUCCCUGGGAGAGGGUGGACCCUGGCAGCUUCUCCCCACAACCUGGUCCUCGAGACAUAGAUAGACCCAAAGCCACUUUCCAGAUGUCAGGCAGUACGGGAAGCAAAACUGCUGAGAUCUGUCCCUGGGACGCGGAGGAAAUCCUGCCUGCUGAGAAGGCAGAGAUCUGUCCCUGGGAGGUGAGUGCUGGAGCAGGGGAGAAAAGGGCUUUGGGAAUUGAGGCCAUUAGGCAAUUUCCAAAUGAUACAGGAAGGGCUUCUGCAGCUUCUGGACCUGAAGAGACAGCUGUUACUGCUCCAAAGAAGCCAGAGAGGCAGGCCUGGGAGCGGGAGGUGGCCUGCCCCUGGGAGAGCUUGGAUCCAGGGGGCUCCUCUCGGCAUUCAGGCACUCUGGGCACCGACAGACCAAAAGCUGGGCUCCAGGUAUUGGACCGUGUGGGGUGCAGGCCAGCUGAGGUGUGUCCCUGGGAAGCAGAGGGAGCGCCUACCAGUGAAAAAGCCAAGAUCUGUCCCUGGGAGGUGGAUGAAGGAGCCCCCGGGAAGGAAUCGGAACAAGAGAUGGGGACUGAUUCCAUGGGGCAGAGGGAGAAAACUCUAGAAAAGGGGAGACUCACCUCUCUGGGAGAAGACAUAUCAAAAUGGGAGACAAAACUGAGUCAAGAGCAGGAAGCUAUGUGUCCUUGGGAGAAGGAGUUGAGGACACCCUCUGCUCAGGCCGAGGUCUCAGACUCGUCCAGCAGCGGGAGUAGCAGAGUGGCAGAGGAGCACUCCUUGGAAGUGAGUGAUGAAGCAGCACAGAAAGGGGACCUGACACAAGACCCAAAGAUGGGCUCCUUCCCAGAACAAGCAGAAAAAGCAGAAGUCACUGCUGCAGAUGGGGAGAAAGCAAGCAAUGAGCUACGACCUAUCUGUCUACAGGAGAGCAUGGCCCCGGCGGGCUCUUUCUCCCACCCAGACAGUCACUGCCCUGACCAACCUAAAGCCGGUGCUCAGACACUGCUCAGCGUUGGGGGCAGGCUUGCUGAGGUCUGCCCGUGGGAUGCUCCUGCCAUGGAUGCUCCCAAACCUGACAGCGGCGCCAAAGCUGAGACCUGUCCCUGGGAGGUGACUCAAAGAAUCCCCGAGGAAGGGGUGUCAAGACAGGAUGGAGAAGGGGAGCAUCAAGAGGAGAAGGAGAAAGCCCCAGAAAAACCAGAGCACAAAGUUGUGGCUGUUCAGGCAAACUCAGAGAGUGCAGAUGGGAAACAGGAGGCUGUGUGUCUCCAGGAGAGUCAAGAUUGUGGGGGUCUGUCUCCACAACCAGCCCCACAAGCUUCUGACAGAAGCAAAGAAAGUUCCGAGGCAGCAGGCAGCGUGGGGGCCAGAGUAGCAGAAGUGUGUCCAUGGGAAGCAGAAGAGGCUCCCUCUGAUAAGAAAACAGAAAUCUGCCCUUGGGAGGUGAGUCAAGGAGCAGCAGAGAAAGGGGGACUGGAACAAGAGUUGGACAGAGAAUCUCAAGGGCAAGGAGAGAUGUUCCUGCAAAAGGCAGGAUCUGGAGGGACUGAAGAACACUUUUCAGAAGAAGUAAAAGUCAACAGAGAGCGAGAGACCGUCUGUCCUUGGGAAGGCACAAGGUCAGAAGGGCUCUCCCCCGAGCCAGAUGCUCCAGACAUGGACGAACCCAAAGUCGGUCCCCACAGAGCAAGCAGUAUGGGGAGCAGGAUGGCAGAGCUGUGUCAAUGGGAAGUCACAGAUCCAGAAGGAAAUAAAAUAAAGGGGACCAUGGCAGACAUCGAUAUAUGUCUUUGGGAGGUAACUGGAGCCUCAUCUGACGAAUCUGGCCUCCUGGUUUUAACAGAAACUCAGACAGAAAAACCCUGCCCCACAGCCCCUGAGAACCCACCAUGCCUUUUAGUCCACAGACCUCUGGGUGGCUUCCUUCCAGAAGGCAAAAGCCCCUGCCCCAAAGUGAGAAAGCCAGCCAGUACUUUUACUCCGGAAGGUGUCAGAGAACUCCAAGUACCUUCAGAACUUGGGCCGAGGACCAGCUUAGUCCCAGAGCCAACUCUCCAGGAAGCUAAGGCUCAGGAGUCUUCCUCCUUAACCGAAGACCAAGGAGAAGUGGCUUCUAAAGCUCAACACGAAGAACUCACCCCUCCAACUGUCUAUCCUUGGGACCACGAGUAACAACUCCAUCAGGUAAGGUGAAACAUUGGGUGGCUAUCUUUUAGAAGCCAAGGUCCUUUCCAAGUCCUAGGUGUUUCCAAAAACUGGAAUCAAACACACUUGGCCACUUUCUCUCUCCAAGGUGGCCAGAAGUCAACUCAUUCCAAGACAAACUGUACAAAAAGGGUUUAGCUCGGACCACAGAAGUUAAUCCCAUCCCCUCUUUACUUCCAACUCUUCUCCCUGCUCCAGAGAACAAGGGCCGGACCUUCUACUUCUAAUGAAUCCUCCCAUCCAGCUAGAAUACUCAACACAAGCUGUCUGUGACACGACACUCACUUGUAAAGCCAAUGUUAGUGAUAAAGGGAAGUCAGCUGUGCCCAGCCCACAUUUUCUCAAAAGGAGACCCAUUCUUCUGUGAAGUCUACAAAGGACAUUUUUUGGGAAGAAACUAAACCACG